AUGCUCGUUGGCAAAAGGCCGUAUCAUAUACUUGAUUACUUGGAAAGAGGGAAGAAUAUUGUGUACAUCGACACGGACACUGUAUGGUUGCAAGCCCCAUUCCAGUACUUCACGGGCGACUACGACCUCUGGGUUCAGAUGGAGCAUCAAGGUUCCUACUGUACGGGGCUGAUGGCAAUAAGAACCAGGCCCAAUACGCUGGAGCUGAUUCGGACCUGGAGAGAAAGGAUGAUUGACAUUGACAAUAAAAAGAACGAUCAAGACGGCUUUAACGACAUAGUUCGUAACUUCUCAAGUAAUGUUAGAAUAAAGGGGCUGGAUACGAAGAGAUUUCCAGAUGGGUAUCAGUAUUUUGAAAAGUACAAUGAUAAACAACGGAAAGACGUCGUUGUGGUCCACAACAACUGGAUUAUUGGCCAUGGUAAAAAACUGGGAAGAUUCAAAGACAUGAAACUAUGGAUACACUACCGUGGUAGAGAAAUUGAAACUGUGUGA